ACAGCGCUACUCCGACCUGAGUCCUGUUCUGCCGUUUGAAAUGUUCUUAGUACCAGCCGCUCCUCUCUCUCUGCCCAUCUUUCUUCCCUUCUAAUCCAGCCGGUUGAACUAAGUCUUUUCCAUGGCACCGUGAGGUUAGCUGCUACCUGAGCCAAAUUUCUGUCUAAGAAGAAGAAGGUGCCCCCUGUGAGGACAGUGCUGCCCCGGCCUCUAACCCUCCCCUUAUCUGCCUCUGGAGAGAAACAGAGACGAAGAGACAUUUAGACCCGAUUCUACGGAAGCUUCAAACCUGCAUCCACGUCAAUCACGUCUUCACCGCUGGCUGCAGGACGGCCCUCGUGGCCGGGAUGCCGCUGUGUGCCCUGCCAGUCCACGGUGGAUCCUGAGGGGCAGGAGGAGGGCACUGAGUGUGGGAGGCUCAGAGGGCCCCAGCAGCCUGGAGACAUGAACCUGUGCUGGAACGAGAUCAAACGGAAGUCCCACAACAUCCGGGUGCGUCUGGAGGCCUUCUCAGACAACAGUGGGAAGCUGCAGCUCUCGCUGCAGGAGAUCAUCGAGUGGCUGACUGCCAAGGAUGAAGAGCUAUCUGAGCAGCUGCCUAUAGGGGGCGAUGCUGGGGCGGUGCAGCACCAGAGAGAGUUCCACCAGGCGUUCAUGGAGGAUGUCAAGUCUCGAGGGCCCUUCAUCUACUCGGUCCUGGAAUCGGCCCAGGCCUUCCUGGCUCAGCACCCCUUCCAGGAGCCUGAGGAGACCCUGGCUGAUGGGAAAGAAAUGUCUCCACGGAGACGCAUCCUCAACGUGAGUCGCUCCGUGUGGAAGCAGGCCAACGUGGCCAGUGACCUGUGGGAGAAGCUGACGGCUCGCUGCGUGGACCGUCACAGGCACAUGGAGCACACUCUGGAACGGCUGCUGCAGACCCAGGCUGCUAUGGAGGAGCUGGCGGUGGCCCUGGAGCAGGCGGAGGGGGUGCGGGACGCCUGGGAGCCCGUGGGAGAUCUCUUCAUCGACUCACUGCAGGACCACAUCGAUGCCACCAAGCUUUUUAAGGAUGAGUUGACCCAGGUGAAGGAGGGCAUGAAGCACAUCAACGACCUGGCCCACCAGCUGGCCAUCUCAGACGUCCACCUGUCCAUGGACAACGCACGGGCCCUGGAGCACCUCAACAGCAGAUGGAAGCUGCUGCAGGGUUCUAUAGAAGAGCGUCUGAAGCAGCUGCAAGAUGCUCACCGAGACUUUGGCCCCGGGUCCCAGCACUUCCUCUCCAGUUCAGUGCAGAUUCCCUGGGAGCGAGCUAUCUCCCCAAACAAAGUGCCCUACUACAUCAACCACCAGGCUCAGACGACGUGCUGGGACCACCCAAAGAUGACGGAGCUCUACCAGGCACUGGCGGAUCUAAACAACAUUAAGUUCUCUGCGUACAGGACAGCUAUGAAGCUACGGCGGGUUCAGAAGGCCUUGAGACUGGACCUGCUGACGCUGGGCAGCCUGGUGGAUGUGUUCCGGGAGCAGGACCUGCAGCAGGCGGAGCAUGUGAUGGACGUGGUGGAGGUGAUCCACGGGCUGACCGGCCUCUACGAGAGGCUGGAGGAGGAGAGAGCCAUGCUGGUCAACAUCCCCCUCUGUGUGGACAUGUGUCUCAACUGGCUGCUCAACGUCUACGACAGCGGUCGCAAUGGGAAGAUACGAGUUCUGUCGUUCAAGACCGGCCUGGUGAGCUUGUGCAGCGCAGACGUCCAGGAGAAGUACAAAUACCUGUUCAGGCAGGUGGCGGGUCCUAGCGGCCUGACGGACCAGCGUCACCUCAGCCUGCUGCUCCACGAGGCCAUCCAGAUCCCCCGGCAGCUGGGGGAGGUGGCCGCUUUCGGAGGCAGCAACGUGGAGCCCAGCGUCCGGAGCUGCUUCCGCAUGGCCCCGGGGAAGCCAGCCAUUGAGGUGGCCCACUUCCUGGAGUGGAUGAGUCUGGAGCCCCAGUCCGUGGUGUGGCUGCCCGUGCUGCAGCGCGUGGCCCUGGCGGAGGCCGCCAAGCACCAGGCCAAGUGCUACGUCUGCAAGCAGUGCCCCAUCAAGGGCUUCAGGUACCGCAGCCUCAAACAGUUCAACGUGGACAUCUGUCAGACGUGCUUCCUAACAGGCCGCACCACCAAGGGCAAGAAACUGCACUACCCCAUCAUGGAGUAUUACACCCCAACAACCUCAGGAGAGAAGAUGCGGGACUUUGCCAAGACGCUGAAGAACAAGUUCAGGUCGAAGCAGUACUUCAGCAAACACCCUCAGAGAGGCUACCUACCUGUUCAGUCUGUACUGGAGGCAGAGAACUCAGAGACGCCCGGCUCCUCUCCCAAGCUGCCUCAUGCAGACACACACAGCAGGAUCGAGCACUUCGCUAGCAGAUUGGCGGAGAUGGAAAGCCAGACUUGUUCCUUCUUCACAGAUAGCCUGUCACCUGAUGAAAGUCUGGAUGAAGAUCAGUACCUCCUGCGUCACUCCAGCCCCGCCCUGGAGCAGGACUCCCCCUGCGGUCAGCUCCUGCUGCUCACCCACCUGGAGGGCCAGGACAAGGACGAGCUGCAGCGCACACUGGCACGCCUGGAGAAUGAGAACCGGGUGCUGCAGGGGGAGUACCGCAGACUGAAGUGGAAGCACGAGGAGGCGGCGUCCUGCCCCCAGCUGACAGACGGGGCCCCAGGCUCCCCCUCAGAGGAGCUGCAGGACGAGGAGCUGCUCGCCGAGGCCCGGGUCCUGCGCCAGCACAAGACACGUCUGGAGACGCGCAUGCAGAUCCUGGAGGACCACAACAAGCAGCUGGAGUCCCAACUGCACAGGCUCCGGGAGCUGCUGCUCCAGCCCAAAGACGACUCUGAGGCCAACGGGUCAGAACCCUCGACCUUGUCCUCGCCCGUGUCUGGGGGUGGCCACCAGGGGGAGGCUGUGAGCAGAGAGACCACUGAUACUGAGACAGCAGGAGAUGACAUGGACCAUGAACAUGACACAGUGCUGCAGCUUCAGGAAGUCAUUGAGCAACUUAGAAACGUCUUUCCAUCAGAACCAGGCACGACUUCACUCAUCUGACCCAGGGAUGGUCCUGGAGAGCAGAGUGAAGCAUGCUGGGCGUCCUGAUGGCCUGGGCUGCUUGUGGCUGUGGGUAGGGCCUGAAGCCCCACACUAAAUCCUCUCCUGGACCUCUGUGUGCACUAACAGUCCAGGCUAAAGGCUAAAGCUAACGUCCAGCCACCGCACUGUGCCUGCUAACCCAGCUGCGGCUAACGUUAGCAGGCAGUACAGCCAAGACACUGUGUUGACCCGAGUUAAUGGAGGCUAAGGCAGAAACUGUGUUAGCUAAUGAGUUAUUAGCUAGCGUUAGCGUCCAUCCAAGACACUGUGCUAACCAGCGUCUGUGUAGUCGCCCGAGGUGUGAAGCUUUAUAUCAGUACACAGCACAACAAGGACCUUCCACAGAAAGGACUUACAUGAUGCAAAAAGGCAGGAGGAUUUCCUCUAGUUUUUUUUCCUGUCAGAAUGCCAGUAACUUUAGUAUGUUUGUGAGUUUUUCCAUUUCAAAUGCAUUUCAAAACGUAUUUUUCUUUUCUUAUUUUGGAAUAGGAUGGUGGUGGUUGUGGUGGGGGGGCGGGUGGUGAUGAUGCAUGUGAGAAUGGACUUCAUGUGGCUCAGGCUGACUGCAGGGUCUGUAGCUGUGCCGUGGAGCACAGAGAGCAGAGCAGGUUGCUGCGGAGCAGGUGGGACCCUCAACAAGGUUAUUUAUUUAUUAUUUUUUUCCAUGGGACUCACACAACAUCAGUAAGACCUAUGAUUUAUUUAGGACAGCCAAAGUGUCCGCCAGUGAAGCGUUUCUCUGCGCACACACACACACACUCAAACACACACACACACACACUCACAUACACAGUUCCUCUGAUCUUCCUAAAGUGUCCAUGUCUCAAACUGCUCCUGUUUCACUGUCACAGUUAGCGCACAUCACAAAUACACACACUCACAUACCUAUGCAUGCCUGCAGGCACACACACACACACACACAGUGGUGAGGAACAGAAUGCACUGUUGCAGCUCUUUGCCUGACAGGGUUCAGGGACUGGCUUUAUAGACAGAAGCCAUUUUUGUUCAGUGGGUUUUGUGGAGAUGGGUGUCUGCAGCUAAACGGCAGGCUUAUUGUGAGCUUUUACCCCUGCUGCGUGCACAGAAGGACUGGCCCCUCAGGCCCAAGAGCUGCUAGACUGCCUUUCUUUCCCCUCCCAUGGCGCCAUGGGGGGCAGGGAGGGAUCCCAGCGCCAUAUUGUGGCCCCAUCCUGAAACAACGCCGGGCUCCUUUCCCCUAGAUAUAAGCAAGCAAGGAUGCUGGCAUUUCACCAUUCCCCUCCUGGCCUUGAAAGAAUACUCACCUAUCGUUGUUAUUGACCACACUCUCUUGCUGUGCUUUCAAUCCCAAAAUGCCGAGGGUGUUCGAGCUGGGCUCUAGCCAUAAUGCGCCUCACAAGGGUCCCAUGACAACCCUGUCUAGAUAAGAGCACAGUCGACUUGCCUUAACAAGACAGAACCCACUGACCAACUGUCUCUGUGUUCUUCCUCUCCCUCUCCUUCUUUCAUAUCUGUGACUCAUCUGUCUGAAGUGUCAGAACUGAUCUUAUGCAAGCCUUGAUAUCACUCUUCAUUCUCAUAUUUGGAGAUUUGCAUCAGGGCCUUUUGUGCUGCGUUGUGUUGAGGGUCCUGCAUGUCGUGCGGUGGGAGAUCCUGGUUGUGUAACCGGGUAUUUGAGGGUCAGAGGAAGCGAGAGGUUUAGAACCACGACCAGGCACCUGAGAGACUAGUUAAAGAGGUUUAGAUCAAACUGAGGAAAGGUUGAGAAGGCGGAGGAGGUGGAGGGCUUCUUCCCACAGGGGAGAAGAUCUUGGAGACAAGAGAGGAAAAAGGAAGAAAAUACUAAAUGUACCGCUGCUGGGCUGAGCUGAGCAGAGCCUUCCACUUUGAUGUCCCUGCCACAGCAGACCUUCCAAAGAGCCGAGUUUCUGGAAGGAGGAGCAAUCGCUCUCUCUGUUUCUCACCAGCUAUUAUGACCCAGCAGCAACAGGAAGAGGUUGUCUAUGCAGUUUCAGAAUGUCUUGAUUCCUCUUUUCCGACUCGUUUUAAGACAUCCUGAACUUAUUAUGAGGUACAUUUGACUUGAGAAUCCCUGCGCUGCAUUCGCCAGGCUGUCCCUCCAGGCAUAGCGCUCACAUUUGACACCGUUCAGCAGCGCGCUGUCUGUUUGUUUUGAUGCGGUUGCUAGGGAACCGUCCCCAAGGACGCCACGCCGCAGGUUGCGAGUCGAAGAGGUGGGGCGCCAUUCAUAAUGGAAAUGCUAAUAACCACAUGGGAAAGAGA